AUGGCGGAGGCGGAGUCAGUCGAUGAGUCCAGUCCUCUCAGUGCCUCCUCCGUGUCAUCGUCGUACGGGACAACAACAGACGAUAGUCACGAUACAACAACCACCGUAGAAACCGAUACAGAGAGGGCGGUAACAGCGACAAACGACGACAACAAAGUAGAGCUCCUCGAUGCGCGUAGGUUUCUACGAGAGGUAUAUCUGACGGCUCUUUUUAUUUUAGGAGAGUUCAUCGCAAAUGCAGAUACCAGCCUUGUAUUUGCCUCUAAUGCACGCAUCUCCUCCGAGUUCGGGGAACUUCAAAAUGCGAAUUGGUUGUCUACGGCGUAUGGCCUGGGACUCUGCGCUGUGCAGCCGAUGUACGGCAAGCUAAGCGAUAUAUAUGGCCGCAAGUUGAUCCUCCUGGUCGCGUACUCUUUAUUCGCGGCCGGAUGUAUCAUAUGCGGUGUAGCAGGUCAAAUGUGGCAGGUCAUUCUAGGUCGUGCAGUCACCGGAGUAGGAGGAGCAGGAAUGGUGACCUUGGCUUCUGUUAUCAUCACUGAUCUGGUCCCUAAAAGGGAAGUCGCACAAUGGCGAGCCUAUGUGAAUAUCUCAAUGACUUUGGGCCGCAGUUUGGGAGGACCCCUAGGCGGGUUCCUGACGGAUUCGAUAGGGUGGCGAUGGUUAUUUCUCAUCCAAGCACCCCUGAUCGGCAUUGCUGCACUUCUCGUAGUCACGAGGCUGAGCAUCACACAUGUCCAGCCAUCUACUACUGUAGUAGAUGAAGAAGAUGAUCCGAAAUCAAAGCUUGGACGCAUUGACUUUGCAGGGAUCCUGUUCCUGUCCACGUCCGUCAUCUCCGGCAUGCUGCUGCUGGACCUCGGAGGGCAGAAAUUCCCUUGGCUGUCUAUAUACACCGUUGGCCUGGCCGUAUCGGCUGUCGCCCUCUUCGUCGCGUUUGUCCUCACAGAGGUCUACAUCGCCCGGGAACCCAUCUUCGCCCUGCACAUCCUCCGCCAACCCAACGUCGCGGCAAGCUACCUCGUCAUGACGCUCCAGAUCGUCUCCCAGGUCGGCAUGAUGUACACGAUCCCGCUGUACUUCCAGAUCACGGCGCGGAGCUCCGCGACGGUGGCGGGCGCGCACCUCGUUCCAGCCGUCGUCGGCAACGCCCUCGCAGGCCUCGUGGCCGGGGCGACAAUCAAGCAAACGGGGCGGUACAAGUCUCUGAUUGUGAGCGCCGGCCUCAUCGCGUCUGUAACAUACAUCCUACUCUUCCUCCGCUGGAACGGCGCGACCAACUUCUGGGAAUCGCUGUACAUCCUGCCCGGCGGAAUCGGCACGGGGAUCGCGCAGGCCGGAUCCUUUGUAAGCAUGACAUCCAAGCUUCAGCCGCAGGACAUCGCCAUGGCGACGGGGGGUUUCUUCCUCUGCACGAGCGUUGGCGUGUCGACGGGGAUCACGGGGUACAAUGCUGCGAUAGAGCUGGAGUUUGGUAGGAGGCUCCGGCAGAAACUGACGGGGAAGGGCGCGGAGAAGAUAAUCAACCGCGUCCUCUCCGACGCAUCCUACAUCAAGAGUCUGCACGGACCCGUCCGCGACAUAGUCGUGUCGUCGUAUAUCGCUGGUCUGAAACAUACGUACUGUAAGCAACCCGUCUCUGUACAACACUCUCAAAAGUAG